AUGUCAACAAGCUCCAAGAAAUUUGACUUGGAAAGAAGAGCUGGUCCUCCAUCAAUGACUGGUGCCGAGUGUCAAGAAUAUGAGGAGACUCCGUGUAUUCACGAUGAGGUAUUUGGAGACUUGUCGGAGAAAGGGCCAAAUUACCGCAACGUCGGAUGGAUGGGAACUGUCGCUCUCAUGAUGAAAACCCAGAUUGGCCUAGGUGUCCUCUCUAUUCCUGCGGCGUUCGAUACCCUUGGAUUGAUUCCCGGUCUUAUUUGCCUACUUACUAUCGCGGGCAUUACGACGUGGUCAGACUAUAUUGUUGGUGUCUUUAAGCGCAAGCACCCUGAAGUUUAUAGCAUCGACGAUGCUGGUGGAAUGAUGUUUGGCCGCGUUGGCCGAGAAUUCUUUGGUGCCGCAUUUUGCAUUUACUGGAUCUUUGUUGCUGGUUCGGGAAUGCUGAGCAUUUCCAUCGGUCUCAACGCGGUAUCGUCUCAUGGGGCCUGUACUGCGGCUUUUGUGGCAGUUGCCGCCAUCAUCGGCUUCAUGUUUGCCAGCAUUCGCACACUAGGCCGCAUAAGCUGGUUGGCAUGGGUAGGACUUACGUUUAUCCUGGCUUCUAUUCUGGUCGUGACUAUCGCGGUUGGUGUUCAAACCCGGCCGGCUGCCGCACCUCAAGUCGGUCCCUGGAUUUCCGACUUUAAACUAUUCAAAAUGCCACCUUUUACCUCAGCUAUCUCCGCUGUAUCUUCUCUUAUCUUCGCCUAUGCGGGUACACCGGCCUUCUUCGCAGUUGCAGCUGAGAUGCGAGACCCAGAGCUCUAUACCCGGUCUCUACUCGUCUGUCAAAGUGGAGUGACAGCUACUUAUAUUGCAAUUGGCACUGUUGUCUAUUAUUUCUGCGGCUCAUUUGUUGCGUCCCCAGCACUGGGUUCCGCGGGUCCAAUAAUGAAGAAAGCUGCUUACGGCCUAGCUCUGCCAGGCCUCAUAGUCACAACGACGAUUGUUGUUCAUUUACCGGCCAAGUACAUCUUUGUUCGUAUCCUACGAGGGUCAAAGCAUUUGACAACAAAUGGUGUUGUCCAUUGGGGGACGUGGCUAGGCUGCACAUUAACCACCACUAUAAUUGCCUACGUAAUUGCUAGCGGAAUCCCCGUUUUUGGCGGUUUAGUGUCGCUUAUUGGUGCUCUUCUUGGUACACUCAUGUCGUUCCAGCCGAUGGGUUGUAUGUGGCUAUAUGAUAACUGGAAGAGGGGUAAGCAAGAGAUGAUGUGGAAGUGGGUUUUGAUGGUUAUGUUCAGCAGCUUCGUUGUGGUUUCUGGCACGUUUCUUAUGAUUGUCGGCACUUAUGGCUCUGUUGUCGGUAUCAUAGAUUCGUACAAGGAGAGUGGCGGUUCAACUGCUUGGACCUGUGCAGAUAACUCAAACUCUGCAUGA